AUGGGUUGUGUCCAUGGCAAGUGUUGCGGUCGUUACCCCCAGUCUUCCGAUGGUGAUCUCCGGGACUUCAGAGACGCUGGUCCGUACAGUGCGCAAAGGAAGCACAUACUCUCAGAGAGGUCAUUGGAGCUCGUCCCUGUUCCUUCACAUGACUUCCGUUUGGAGUAUUCUCUGCUAACGCAGCGUGGUUACUAUCCCGACUCGCCGGAUAAGGAAAACCAGGACAGUUUCUGUGUUAGAACGCAAGUCAGAGGUAACCCAAAUAUCCAUUUCUUUGGUGUGUUUGAUGGGCAUGGCCAAUUUGGUACCCAGUGUUCUAAUUUUGUUAAGGACAGGCUAGUAGAGAUAUUAGCAAAUGAUCCCACAUUGUCAGCUGACCCUGUGAAAGCUUAUAAUUCUGCCUUUUUGACGACGAAUUAUGAGUUGCAUAAUAGUGACAUUGAUGAUACUAUGAGUGGAACCACGGCAAUUACUGUGCUUGUUAUUGGGAAUACCCUUUAUGUUGCGAAUGUGGGUGAUUCGAGAGCUGUGGUUGCAGUGAAAGAUGGUAAUAGAAUUAUUGCAGAGGACUUGUCUUAUGACCAAACACCAUUUAGGAAAGACGAGUAUGGGAGAGUGAAGCUUUGUGGGGCCAGGGUUUUGAGUGUUGAUCAAGUGGAAGGGCUGAAGGAUCCGGAUAUCCAGACCUGGGGUGAUGAAGAGAGUGAAGGUGGUGAUCCUCCCAGGCUGUGGGUUCAAAAUGGGAUGUAUCCUGGGACUGCGUUUACAAGGAGUGUAGAGGUGUCAGUGCUUCAGCUGACACCUAAUCAUCUCUUCUUUGUUGUCGCAAGUGAUGGGGUUUUUGAGUUCCUCUCUAGCCAAGCCGUGGUUAAUAUGGCGGCAAAAUAUUCAGAUCCUCGGGAUGCAUGUGCUGCCAUUGCUGGAGAAUCAUACAAAUUAUGGUUGGAGCAUGAAAACCGGACGGAUGAUAUAACAUUAUCAUUGUUCACAUCAAAGGCUUGCCGAGCCCAAUGUCCCUCUUAUAAGAACUUCUGUCAGUCACUACAGUGGUAUAUGGUAAAUGUUCUUGGAAGUGGGUCAGGUGGUGGUGUUACUGAUGGAACAAGUGGGACAAAUAAUAGACCAGCAACAAGGCUGAGAAAAGUUUCUGAAUCAUCUGUUACCACUGGGUCAGAAGUUUUCCUUUCUGUGAGAAGUGAUUCCUCAGAAGUACAGUCUUGUCAGCUUGUGCUUUCGAUGAAUCGGAGCCCAGCUAUUGUUGUUCCAUCGCCUGCAUGUCAGAGCCCUUGGAGUUGGAUGUGGGUUCCCUUGCUAAUCUCACUAAUGACAGUUUCUGACCAUAUUGUAUGCCUGGAGAACAUUCCUUCAGCUGUAACCUUUGCAUCUGCUAAUCCAAGCAAUGGAGAGGGAGGAGAUGAAAUGAGAGUAGGAGGUUCCUUUACACGGAAUUCAUGGUCUUCAUGUACUUAA